CGGAUGCUGAGCAGGCAGCGCAGGGUUGGACGCAGCCCUGAGGGAGCAUCUCGUGAGCAGAGUGGGAGCUGGCAGCCUGCAGACUCCAGACACCUCCACCAUGAGCACGGCGGGGCUUGUGGUGCUCCUCUCCUUCGCGCUUUGCUGCGUCCCAGAUACUGCCUUUGGGGUUGAGGUGGACUGCAGCACAUAUCCCAACACCACAAAUGAGGAGGGCAGAGAGGUGCUGGUCUGCAGCACGGCCGUCAGCUCCAUCUGCGGUUCCGACGGCGUCACCUACGGCAACGAGUGCCAGCUCUGUGCCUACAACGCAGAAUAUGGAACCAAUGUCAGCAAAGACCACGAUGGAGAAUGCAAGGAAGUUGCCCCUGUGGAUUGCAGCAGGUACCCCAACACAACCAGUGAGGAGGGCAAAGUGGUGCUGCUCUGCAACAAAGACAUCAGCCCUGUCUGCGGGACCGACUGGGUCACCUACGACAACGAGUGCCUGCUCUGCGCCCGGAGCCUAGAGGCUGGAAGCAGUGUUGCCAAGAAGGCUGAUGGUGAAUGCAAGAAGGAAACUGUCACAGUUGACUGCAGUGACCAUCCCAAACCUGUCUGCUCACUUGCCUACAUGCCUCUCUGUGGCUCUGACAACACAACAUACAACAAUAAGUGCGCCUUCUGCAACGCAGUCAUGGACAGCAAUGGGACUAUCACUUUAAACCAUUUUGGGAAAUGCUGAGUAUCAGUGCCAAGAGAAUUCACCACAGGGUCCCCACUGGAAAAUCCCAGAUAAAGAUGUCACCUCAGUUCAUCUCACCCCCUGGGGAACUCAGCUCACUCCCGAUUUUCUUUCUCAAUAAACUAAAUC